AUGGGGACCCUCAGCUGCGACCCUGCUGCACAGCUGGCCACAGCAACCCUGGCCCAGAGGGUGGCUGAGGGCCACAUUCCGGAGACUGGCCUCAGGAAGUCCUGUAGGAUGGCCACCCUGGAGAACGGCUCUGGACCCGGCUUGUAUGUUCUUCCAUCUACUGUUGGCUACAUCAACCAUGAUUGCACCAAGGCAGCCAGUCCUGCCUACUCACUCACCCGCAGGCCCAGUGAAGCACCUCUUCAGGAUACCAGCCCAGGGCCUAUCUACUUUUUGGAUCCAAAAGUCACCCGGUUUGGCCGCAGCUGUCCUCCUGCCUACUCCAUGCAAGGCCGGGGCAAGCCUCAUGGUCUGGAAGUGACACCAGGUCCUGGGACCUACAGCCCAGAGAAGGUGCACCCUGUGCGCCAGCGGAACCCGCCAGCUUUCACCCUGGGCUCCCGCUUCCGCCUGAAGUCCCUGGACACCUCCGCUCGCCCCAAUGCCUACACCAUGCCGUCCCUCUGGGGCUCACAGAUCUUUGUCAAGCCCAGCAGCCCCAGCUACACGGUGGUGGGCCGCACACCCCCUGCACGUCCCUUACAGGAUCCUGCAGAGAUGCCAGGACCUGGCCAGUACGACAGCACAGACCCCAAUACCUACCGGCAGCGUCGGCCAGCUUUCACCAUGCUGGGGCGGCCCCGUGCCCCAAGGCCCCUGGAGGAGACACCUGGCCCUGGUACCCACAACCCUGAGCAUGUUACCGUAAACAGGGCCAGGGCCCCAGCAUACACCAUGGGCAUUCGCCACUCAAAGCGGGCGGCCACCAUGGCUGCAGACACCACACCCUAA